GAACGCGGUCGUUUAAUUAGUUAUUCGUAGGUUUCUCCGUUUCCCUUUAUAUCAACCAAUCACGGUCGUUUAAUCAGUUAACACCCUCAUUCACCACCUCCUCCUCCUCCUCCUUCUCCUCCUCCUUCUUCUGCUUUUUCUUCAUCCUCUCUCUAUCCACAUGGCACAGCAGCCAUCCUUCCAGGACAUGUCCGCCGCCGUAAGCUGGCCCUCCUCAGCUCUCCUUCCCCACCAGAGAUCGCCUCCCCAUCUGCAGCCUUCAUGGGUCGACGAUUUCCUCGAGUUCUCAGCCCUUCGCCGAGGGGCCCACCGGAGGUCAGCCAGCGACUCGGUCGCAUUCUUUGAGGCUGUUCCCGAGCUGCCAGAUAGCAGCGACGGGGUGUUCGAGAGGCUGGACAACGAGCAGCUCAUCUCGAUGUUCUCCAACGAGCUGUCUGGGGGCGCCCCGCCCACGCUGCUGUCGAACCCAUCCACUCCAUCAUCGGAUCAGAACAGCAAUAACGAGGAGAAGGCGGCAGAGCCAAUGCAGCCACCUGAGGUGGAUUCCCCUGCAGCUCAGCCUGCAGCCGAUGCCACUCCCGCGGCCACUGCCACCUCCAACAACGAUGAUAUCAUUAUCGACCCGAAAAGAGUUAAAAGGAUUUUGGCUAAUCGGCAAUCAGCUCAGAGGUCGAGGGUGAGAAAGUUGCAGUAUAUAUCAGAGCUCGAACAAAGCGUGACGACAUUGCAGACGGAGGUAUCAGCACUAUCACCAAGAGUGGCAUUCUUGGAUCAUCAACGGUUGAUUCUUAACGUAGACAACAGUGCCCUCAAGCAACGAAUUGCGGCCUUAGCUCAAGAUAAGAUCUUCAAAGACGCUCAUCAAGAAGCCUUGAAGAACGAAAUAGAAAGGCUGAGGCAAGUCUACAAUCACCAAAAGAUCAACCUCGAGAAGAUGAGAGCCACGGAGUCGGGUUAUGAGGCACCUCCUCUGUUGCGGCGGACGACUACCGUUGAUCACCAGGGGCAUACAGAUAACGGCAACGUUCCAGCUGAUAAAAAAAGAUUGAUGUGAUACGCAAUUAAAGAAUUGGACAAAUUCUGUUGAUGUAAUUCUACAUGUUAAUAUUCUUAGUCCAAUGAUUCGCACCGAUUUAAUUACUCGACUACUAUGUUUAAGUUAGAUGACUCGAGGAUCAAGAGCAUAUUUAAGCUUUUCUUUUAAGUUGUGCAACGGAAGUGUACAGUGAGAUAUUUUUCAAAGAAAUUGGUCACUGACACAGCAAUUAACUCA